CAACCAUUUUUUUAGCCUUACAAACAAAAAGUUACAGAUUUUUCUAAUCAAAUUUAAACUUUCAAGUAAAAUAAAUGAUGCUUUUCAAGUUUAUUUUUGUCUUGUUGAUUGCUCAACUUGCAUCAGCAUUCUACUUUGAGGCAUGGUCACAACCAAACUAUCACGGUGCUGCCAAGACUUACACUCAUAGAGGAACUUUUAGACCUGGCUAUACCAUUAAAUCUUACAAAUGGGAUAGUCCUAUUUGGGAUGAUUGUUGUGUUAGGAUGUGCAAUGGCAAUAGAAAUGUUGGUUAUUAUUGUAGUUCUCAUAGCAGUGGUCAACCAAGCGCUAAUUUCAACAAAGUUGUUAUUGGAUGUGGUAAUGAACAGCUAAUUUGUUAAUUGAUAAAUAUUCUCG